AUGCCUCAGUGGGAAAUCUGCAGCACUCCCGCCUGUAAGCUAAACAAGUUCAUAGAGGAUCACCUCCUUGGUGACACCGCCUUAAUUUCUGAGAUCAUAACAGACAUAGAGUUCAUAAGUGAUUUCCUGAUGGAUAGAUGCUUCAAUGGUGCUGCCCACCCUGUGAGGGCCUCUAGGGUUGUGAUGGACGGCUUCUACAAUGAACACACCAUGCUCAAGGGAAGGGCAGCGGUCAACCUAGUGGUGUUAUUUAACAACCUCACCUGCUUUGAUGAGCAGUUAAAGCGACGGGGAGAGUUCAUUGAGGAAAUACGGAAACACUUGUGCCAGCUGCAGCAGGAGGAACAAUUUAGAGAGAAGUUUGAGGUCCGGAGCUCAGAGCAGCCCAACUCCAGGUCUCUGAGCUUCAAGCUGAGCUACCCCGAGUUCCAGCAGGAGGUGGAGUUUGAUGUGCAGCCAGCCUAUGAUGCCUUGUGUGAAGUGAGAGAAAAAGUGGAGGUUGACUGCGAAAUGUACAACAAAUUAUACGCCCAACUCAUCCGUGAGUGCAACAUCCUGAAGACGGAGGGCAAGUUCUCCAUCUGCUUCACUGACCUCCAGCAAAACUUCCUGUGGAAACGUCCACUGGAGCUGAAGAACCUCAUCCUUCUGGUCAAGCACUGGUAUCAGCUGUGUGAGGAGAAGCUGAGGCAGCCGCUGCCCCCACAAUAUGCCCUGGAGCUGCUCACAGUCUACGCCUGGGAAUGCGGGGCCCAAGACAGCUCUGAACUAUAUACAGCCCAGUGCUUCCGAACGGUCUUAGAACUGAUCACUAAGUAUCAGCAUCUUCGAGUCUACUGGACAUUGUAUUAUGACGUUCUACAUGAAGCAGUGAAUGCCUACCUGUACACACAAAGCAGAAAAGACAGGCCUCUGAUCUUGGACCCAGCAGACCCAACAUGGAACGUGGCUGGGUCAAACUUACAGGGCUGGUUCAGGCUAGCAGAAGAGGCAAAAGCCUGGCUGAAGUACCCAUGCUUUAGACACACUGAUGAGACCUUCGUGGGUCCCUGGGAUGUGCCGCCAGAGAAAAAAGGGUUAGUCAUCCUGUGA